AUGAUUCCAGACGGGCUAAUCCAUCAUGACCGGGCCAAAGGUCUUGGGAGAGCAAGCUCCCUUGUCUGUAUUGAGCAUGUCCAGGUUGAGAGAGACGGCUCUUCCGCAGUGGAAGCGACAGUAGUGUGCCAGCGCACUCUAGAGAAUUGCCAGUUGGCAAAGGCUAAGUGGUUGUGUAACACCUCGCAACACUCCGCUAGGUACAUAACCUAUGGCACCUUUUGGCUCCAGGCCAUUGUCCCGUCUUUCGAGCUAUCAAGGUAUGCAGCGGAGAGUGACAGGGGGGUCCCAUUUGAAGCAACCAAGAGGAUUAGAGCCCAUGCGAUUGAGACCUUCAAGAUAGAAAUUCGUCCUAGGAUUCAUGUUAAUGCGGAAUUCUGA